GGGGAAGCAGAUCUGACGGCCUCCUGAAGAUGGGAGGCUGUCUGGGAUCCUGUUAUGCGAGACUGCGGUGCAGCUGGUGCGUACGGAGGUCCACGAUGACCGCUCUCCAGCUGAGGGCGUUGAGGGGCAUCGGCAAAGCGUAUGGAACUCUUCCUGACUGGGUGUUCGACGUUACGGAUCUCUCUUACGUACGUACCCACAACCAAGGGCAGAGCAAGGAUGGGUGCAUGGGGGAGAGGGAAUUCACGCACGUACCGCUGAUUGUGGCUGGCUUGGCGCGGUGUGUGUGCGUGUGUGUGCAGGUGGAACUAUGCACGGUAACGGAGCGCCUCGGAGAGGGCGGUGAGCUGGAGGACGACGACAGAAAGGCGUUCGAGGCUACGGUAAGAUAUCCCACCCGGCAGACGAGCACACAGGCAGACAAGGGAUAUGUCCACGUGUGCUGUGUGCAGGUGGUCCGCAUGUCCUGCCAAAUUCGGCGGCUGCAACUGUGGAAGGCCGAGCUUCUGCGGGGCCGACAGUUCAAGGAGUAAGCAGACGCACUCACGCCCCAACCCAGCCCAUGCACAAGUCUUGAUGCUGGCGCUUACUUGUCUCUCUCUCUGUGUAUGUGCUCAUUUGUCCAUCCAUCCAAACAGGUAUCUGGACAGUAAGCUGCCGAAGCCGCCCCACUACCCCUACAUCUUAGAGCGCCCCCCAGCAGACGCCAUUGAGAUAUGCGAGGGCGCUGCCGGUUCACCGGGUCAAGGUCAGGUCAAGAACACCCAGGGCAGCUGAUGUUCUUGUUUCAGUGACGCGUUAUUUGUUGGCUAAUUACCUUAGUUUGGGUGCAUUUGUAUGCCGUAGUGAUGAAUGCAAGUGUAUGAUAGGCUGUUCGGUUUGUGUCGGGCUGUGCUGUCCUUCAUGUCGUGUGGUGCGCUUGUGUUCCCGCGAUUGCCUGUGCCUUUACCUCCGUGUGAGCAAAUACACGCCGACUCAUGUUCAGCUGUGAAAGCCAAUAGCUCGUAGAGUGCUGUGAGCAGUGACCCUACUUUUCUUUACAUGGAUGGCUGUCAGCACAGCGAUUAGUUAAUGGGCGGGUCCAUGCCUGUUCGACUGCCAGUGAGUGUAUCGACUUGCAGUGCGUGUACGCAUUGAUUGAUCGUCAAUCAAACAUUGAGC